UUCCCCCGUCCUAAUAAAAAAGUUUCCUUUUUAUCUUGUUUUUAACUACAACGGCAGGGACCUUCUGACUAAUGUCAUGUUCCUUGGAAAGAUUUAGGAACCGUGAUUCUAUGAGAGGGGCUUAUGAAACCAGAAUCGGCCUCGAGAGGCUCUUCAUUGAGUUGGGAAACGCUCCCGGGCGGGUACCCAGGUGCCCCGCGCAGCGGCGGAGGGUCAGAGCCCGGGGUGUGAGCCCCCCAGGCGGUGCUGUCGGACGUGGGGAGAACACGGGGAGCCGACCAGUUCCAAGGGCUCCCGGCACCCAGGAAGGAGGCCGCACGGGUUUCUGGAGGAGAAGCCCACUCAGCCCGGAUCAGGACGUCAGAACUGCAGGAUCCUGGCUCUGCUGAGACCCUGAGAAACCAUGAGUGUGAGGUUGCCCCAGAGCAUAGACAGGUUAAGUACCCUGUCUUUGGGAGAUCCAGCGCCUGAACGCAGGUCCCCUUCCCACCUCCGCCAGCCCUCUGACACCUCUGAGACAGCAGGUCUUGUUCAGCGCUGUGUCAUCAUCCAAAAGGACCAGCAUGGCUUUGGCUUCACGGUCAGCGGGGAUCGCAUCGUUCUGGUGCAGUCUGUGCGGCCUGGAGGGGCAGCCAUGAGAGCUGGUGUCAAAGAGGGAGACCGGAUCAUCAAAGUGAAUGGCACUAUGGUGACCAACAGCUCACACCUGGAGGUAGUGAAGCUUAUCAAAUCUGGCGCCUACGUUGCACUGACCCUCCUGGGCUCUUCCCCCUUGUCCGUCGGUGUCUCUGGGCUGCAGCAGGACCCUGCCCCAGCCGGAGCCCCCCGAGUCACCCCUGUGGUCCCACCACCUCCGCCGCCGCCACCUCUGCCCCCCCCACAGCGCAUCACGGGGCCCAGACCUCUGCAGGAUCCUGAAUUCCAGAAACAUGCCACCCAGAUCCUUCGGAAUAUGCUGAGGCAGGAGGAAAAGGAGUUACAGCGUAUCUGUGAGGUGUACAGCCGGAACCCUGCCAGCCCACUUGAGGAGCAGAUCGAAGGUGCCCGGAGGCGCGUCACGCAGUUACAGCUGAAGAUUCAGCAGGAGAUGGGUGGCUUCGUGGACAUACCCACCCUAUACAGUGACACCAGCCAGAGAGCAUCAGAAGGCCGACUCUCUCUGGAUUCCCAGGAGGGGGACAGUAGCUUGGACUCUGGGACGGAACGCCUCCCUUCCCUCAGUGAGGCACUGAUGAAUCGGAACUCGGCACUGUCGGACCCUGGGCUGGACAGUCCCCGAACCUCGCCUGUCAUCAUGGCCAGGGUGGCCCAGCACCACCGGCGGCAGGGCUCGGAUGCACCAGGGCCCAGCACCAGUGAGCGGGGCACAGACCAGAGCCCAAAGCCUUUAAUCAUUGGCCCAGAGGAAGACUACGACCCGGGUUAUUUCAACAACGAGAGCGACAUCGUGUUCCAAGACCUUGAGAAGCUGAAGGCACGGCCAGCUCACCUGGGUGUUUUCCUGCGCUAUAUCUUCUCUCAGGCAGACCCCAGUCCGCUGCUUUUUUACUUGUGCGCAGAGGUUUAUCAGCAGACAAACCCCAAGGAUUCCCGAGGCUUAGGAAAAGACAUCUGGAAUAUUUUCCUGGAGAAGAAUGCGCCACUGAGAGUAAAGGUCCCAGAGAUGUUGCAAGCUGAAAUUGACUUGCGUCUACGCGGCAGUGAGGACAUUCGCGCUGCCCUCCAUGAAGCCCAGGAGGCGGCCAUGCCUGAGAUCCAGGAGCAGAUCCAGGACUACAGAACAAAGCGCACCCUGGGGCUGGGCAGUCUGUACGGUGAGAACGACCUGCUGGACCUGGACGGGGACCCUCUCCGAGAACGCCACGUGGCUGAGAAGCAGCUGGCUGCGCUGGGAGACAUACUGUCCAAGUAUGAGGAGGACAGAAGCGCCCCCAUGGACUUCGCCCUCAAUACCUACAUGAACCAUGCCGGGCUCCGUGUCCGAGACGCGCGGUCUUCCAGCCUGGCUGAAAAGGCCCAGGCUGCACCUGACAAGGACAAGUGGCUGCCCUUCUUCCCAAAGACCAAGAAGCAGAGUAGCAACUCCAAAAAAGACAAGGAUGCCUUGGAGGACAAGAGGCGGAACCCCAUCCUCAAGUACAUUGGGAAGCCCAAAAGCUCGUCGCAGAGCACAUUUCAUAUUCCCUUGUCCCCUGUGGAAGUCAAACCAGGCAACGUGAGGAACAUCAUUCAGCACUUUGAGAACAACCAGCCAUAUGAUGCCCCAGAGCCUGGGACGCAGCGGCUCUCCACAGGAAGUUUUCCUGAGGACCUGCUGGAAAGUGACAGCUCCCGCUCAGAGAUUCGCUUGGGUCGUUCCGAGAGCUUGAAGGGUCGGGAGGAGAUGAAGCGGUCUCGGAAGGCAGAGAAUGUGCCCCGCUCUCGCAGCGACGUGGACAUGGAUGCAGCUGCAGAGGCGGCCCGCCUCCAUCAGUCCGCCUCCUCCUCUGCCUCCAGCCUCUCCACCAGGUCUCUGGAGAACCCAACCCCUCCCUUCACCCCCAAAAUGGGCCGCAGGAGCAUUGAGUCCCCCAGCCUGGGCUUCUGCACUGACGCCCUCCUCCCUCACCUCCUGGAGGAUGACUUGGGUCAGCUGUCUGACCUAGAGCCCGAGCCUGACACCCAGAACUGGCAGCACACGGUGGGCAAGGACGUGGUGGCCGGCCUGAGCCAGAGGGAGAUCGACCGGCAGGAGGUCAUCAACGAGCUGUUUGUGACAGAGGCCUCCCAUCUGCGCACGCUCCGGGUACUGGACCUUAUCUUCUACCAGCGGAUGAAGAAGGAGAACCUGAUGCCUCGGGAGGAGCUGGCCCGGCUCUUCCCCAACCUGCCCGAGCUCAUAGAGAUCCACAAUUCCUGGUGUGAGGCCAUGAGGAAGCUCCGAGAGGAGGGCCCUAUUAUUAGAGAGAUCGGCGACCUCAUGCUGGCUCGGUUUGAUGGCCCCGCCCGGGAGGAGCUCCAGCAGGUGGCCGCCCAGUUCUGCUCCUACCAGUCCAUAGCCCUGGGACUCAUCAAGACCAAGCAGCGCAAGGAGAGCCGCUUUCAGCUGUUCAUGCAGUCUGUGCCCCUCGCCCAGGAGGCUGAGAGCCACCCUCAGUGCCGGCGGCUGCAGCUCAGAGACCUCAUCAUCUCGGAGAUGCAGCGGCUCACCAAGUAUCCCCUGCUGCUGGAGAGCGUCCUCAAGCACACGGAGGGUGGUACCUCUGAGCAUGAGAAGCUCUGCCGGGCUCGGGAUCAGUGCCGGGAAAUUCUCAAGUACGUGAAUGAAGCAGUGAAGCAGACAGAGAACCGGCACCGGCUAGAAGGCUACCAGAAACGCCUGGACACCACCUCCCUAGAGAGGGCCAGCAACCCCUUGGCGGCAGAGUUCAAGAGCUUGGAUCUUACAGCUAGAAGGAUGGUCCAUGAGGGGCCCCUGACCUGGAGGAUCAGCAAGGAUAAGAGCUUGGACCUCCACGUGCUGCUGCUGGAGGACCUCCUGGUGCUGCUGCAGAAGCAGGAUGAGAAACUGAUGCUCAAGUGCCACAGCAAGACAGCUGCGGGCACCUCGGACAACAAGCAGACCUUCAGCCCGGUACUCAAGCUCAAUGCUGUGCUCAUCCGCUCCGUGGCCACAGAUAAACGGGCCUUUUUCAUCAUCUGCACAUCAGAGCUGGGCCCCCCCCAGAUCUAUGAGCUGGUGGCACUGACAUCGUCAGACAAGAACACAUGGAUGGAGCUCUUGGAGGAGGCCGUGCGGAACGCCACCCGGCGCCCCAUUGCUGCCCCAGUGCUCACCCAUCCCCCACCCCCAGAUGCCCAGGAGCCAGCACACCAGAGCCCCACACCCACCAGGGUAGGUCUGGACAGCUCAGAGGUGUUCCACAGCGAACCAGAAUCCGGGUUGCUGCCUGGAGGCCCUGGGCCCCAGCAGAGGGUCAGGGGGAAGCACCCGGGCCAGCUAGAGGAUCCUGAGCAGGAAGGCAGCAUAGAGGAGGAGCUGGGUGCCCUGCCUCACCCCUCUGCAUCCCUGGAUGUAGAGAGCAGGGGUGGCCGGACACGGGGACCCAUCCUCCUGCCCCUCCCAGGCCCUCUGUUCAUGGAAGGGCUCGCCGACUCAGCCCUGGAAGAUGUGGAGAGACUGCGGCACCUGAUCCUAUGCAGCCUGCUGCCUGGUCACCGCUCCGAAGCACAGCCCACCAGCGAGCCCGAGGAUGACCUGACACCUACACCUUCUCUCGUGAGCAGCGCCUGUCACACCGGGGACCCCAGCUCUCCAGGACGAGCUCCCCAUGGGGGUGAAGGGCCAGAGCAGGAGGACGUGGCUCUCUGUUCUCUGGAACGCCUGCCCCCACGGGCCAGGAAUUCUGGGAUCUGGGAGUCCCCAGAGUUGGACAGGAACCCAGAGGAAGAGGCUUCAGGGACAGAGGCAGCAGGAAGUUACAAAGUUGUGAGAAAAGCUGAGGUGGUGGGCAGCAGGGCUGUCACUGCGCUACCAGAGAGCCAGUCAGGGCCUGAGCCGCCCGAAGUGGAAGGCGGAGCCAAGGCUGCGGGAAACUGCUUUUAUGUCAGCAUGCCAGCAGGACCCCCUGACUCCACCACCGAGCCCUCCCAGCCCAACAGCCUCCCUGUCUGGCAGACAGAACCAGAACCACAGGCCCAGCUUCAGGGAGGCAGUGGAGGCUGCAGGCACCCCAGCCGCUCCCCACCCAGCAUGGCCCUCAGGGACGUGGGCAAUAUCUUCCACACCAUCGAGCAACUCACCGUCAAGCUCAACAGGCUCAAGGACAUGGAGCUUGCCCACAGGGAGCUGCUCAGGUCGCUUGCGGGAGAGUCGUCCAGUGGCACCACACCUGUGGGCAGCUUCCACACCGAGGCGGCGAGAUGGACAGACCGCUCCCUGUCACCUCCAGCCAGGGAACCUCUGGCCUCUGACUCCAGGGACAGCCUUCAGCCAGGGCCAUGCUCUGAGGACGGCUCCAAUACCCCCCUGGAAGAUGGCACAACACACGCAGCCUCAUCCCCGGGACUGUAGCUGUGCAAACCUCCAGAUUGCCUGCAUCAUCCCCACUCCUCCUCUGGGGACCAGCCCAGGGAGGGACACAUGGCAGGGAGACCCCAGGGGAGCCCCGCAUGUCCUUGGUCUGCUCAUGUCUGGGUUGAGUUCCAGUGUCUUCUCCCUCCAGCCGUUCUCCCACCCCCCCACUCCCCCAUCAGGGCCUCUCCUGAGCAUGCGGACUGCAUCUGCAAGGCCCCCAGACACACAGGUGAAAGGAGGAGGCUCUGUGUACAUGCACUUUCUUCCUCCCUCCUUUGUAGGACCCCAGGGCUGAGGUGGGGUACUUCCGCCUCUCCCUUCUUUGUCACUUUGGUUUCCUAUAAAUAUGUAUGUACUGUAUGUGCAUCUUGCUUUGUAAAUAACUUUGACCUGUUUUGUUUCUGUUCCUGGGGGGCCAGAGGCAGUUACAGAAGGGACAGCUCACAUCUCCUAGUUACAGCCCCACCCAGAGUCAGGGCCCCAAGGGGAGACUUGAGAGCCCAGGCCCUGCGGCCUGGGCUCUGAGGAUGCAUCUUCUUCGGGGGAAUCCCUGACCCUACUUCUGUCCACCCCUCCCCAUUCUCUCCCUAGAGGAAACCAGUAUAUCAGGUACGGCCCUAAAAACCAGGCCCCAGGAUGAGAGGCAGGGGGUGUGAAUGCUGGAAUCCCCAUGUUAACCCAGGACCAUCUCCAGGGCCACUGCAGCAUCGGCCCUUUGUCCCAUGCCAGCUCCCCCUAGAAUAUCCACACUGUGCUAGGUGUAUAUAUACAUAUAUAUAUAAAUAUAUAUAUAAUAUAUAAAAUAUAGAGAUGGAAAUGACUGUUUUCCUGUUAAAAUAAUGUAUACUCUUUUUCUCAUGGUUAA